AUGUACGUUGGAUACUUACUGGAUAAAGAAAGCGUGUAUCACCAAGGACCAGUAAGAAGAUCAAGCAUCAAUCUUCCUCCACAGAACUUCGUUUCGUCUCCACAGUACCCCGAAUUUACAGGAUACCAUCAUGUGCCAAACAUGGACACGCACGCACAAUCCGGGGCCAGUUGGGGACCCUCAUAUGGCGCCCCGAGAGAGGACUGGGGUGCAUAUAGUCUUGGACCUCCUAACAAUCUUCCUCCCCCCAUGAACAACCCGUCCCCUGGACAAGUUCCUUACUGUUCGUCCGAGUACAGUCACAUGCACCCCCCCGGAGCUGCGGCGCUGCAGCCGCCGCCGGACAACGUUACUGUUGCACAGCUUUCUCCUGAGAGAGAAAGGCGCAAUUCAUACCAGUGGAUGAGCAAAACAGCACAAGCAUCUUCUACAGGUAAAACAAGAACGAAGGAGAAGUACAGGGUUGUGUACACAGACCACCAGAGGCUGGAGCUGGAGAAGGAGUUUCACUUCAACAGAUACAUCACCAUCAGGAGGAAAUCCGAACUGGCUGUCAACCUGGGUCUGUCGGAAAGACAGGUGAAAAUAUGGUUUCAGAACCGCAGAGCCAAAGAGAGGAAGCUGAUAAAGAAGAAAUUGGGUCAGUCCGACGGCAGCAGCGGGUCUGUGCACAGUGACCCGGGUUCGGUGAGCCCUCUGCCGGUGCCGGGCUCCCUCAGCCCCACGGAGAUCCACGGCUCUCUGUACCCUCCUCAGGGAAUGAACACCUUGCCGUCUAUCAGGAAUAUCCAGCAGGUGACUGUGACUCAGUAGAACCGUCCGAAUGUGGACCGUCCGGUCCGCCAUCUCUCCUAAAUUGAGCACUCCAACACGCUGACAUGCGGGACACUUGAUGGGCAGCAGAAGGAUCCGAACUCUCAACCCGUUUUGUUUGGUUUUGUUUUUUGUUUGUUUUGUUUUUUUAUUACAACGACAUGCUGGAGGCUCUUGAAAUAUUACUUUUGAUAGAAUAGUUCUAAUG